CUUUUUUCAAUAUGGCUGCCAACGGAGACAGGUCCAGGGAGGAGAUUCAAUCUGAAAUUCGAAAACAGGGUGAAGUUGUGCGAAAUCUGAAACAAAAGGAACAAACAGACGAUGUCAAGGCUCAGAGCUUGAUCUUCUAAAAUGCGUGCGUUAGUCAGAUUUUGUCCACGAUUCUUGUCCUUCAAAACCAAGCCUACUGCAUCUAACUUCAAAUAUUACGCCUACUGCACUAGUAGCCAGUCUAGUCAGCUAAAGACAGAGAUAGAUACUUUGCUAAAGUUAAAGAAACAGCUUGGUGAUGACCCGGCAAAACAGAAGUUUGUGCUUAAAACACCAAAGGGUACAAGAGACUACAACCAGAUGCAAAUGGCCAUACGAGAAAAAGUGUUUAAAAUCAUAGUUAAUUGUUUUCAUCGACAUGGUGCAAAACAGAUAGAUACACCAGUUUUUGAACUUAAGGAAACACUGACAGGAAAGUAUGGAGAGGACUCUAAGUUGAUCUAUGAUCUAAAGGACCAAGGUGGUGAAUUACUUUCACUCAGAUAUGACUUAACUGUUCCUUUUGCACGCUAUGUUGCAAUGAAUAAAAUUGAUAAAAUAAAGAGAUUUCAUAUUGCAAGAGUUUAUAGGAGAGAUAAUCCUGCAAUGACCAAAGGAAGAUACAGGGAGUUUUAUCAAUGUGACUUCGAUAUUGCUGGUCAGUACGAUGCCAUGAUCCCUGAUGCUGAAUGUGUAAAAGUUGCUGUUGAGAUUCUGUCAAGUCUGGAUAUUGGUGAUUUCUUGGUUAAGGUCAACCAUAGAAAAAUUCUCGAUGGUAUUUUCGCUGUCUGCGGUGUUCCAGAAGAAAAGUUCAGGACCAUAUGUUCAGCUGUCGAUAAGCUAGAUAAGUCACCCUGGGAAGAAGUCGAGAAAGAAAUGGUGCAUGAAAAAGGAUUGCCAAAAGAUGUCGCAGAUCGAAUAGGACUUUAUGUAAAGCGAAAGGGCCUAAAAGAUUUGGUUGAAGUGUUAGAACAAGAUGACGUUUUCAUGAAAAACAAGCAUGCCCAACAAGGAUUGGCAGAUAUGAAAUUGCUUUUGGAAUAUUUGGAGAUCUUCAAUGUAUCUGAUAAGGUUUCGUUUGAUCUAAGCUUAGCAAGAGGAUUGGAUUAUUACACCGGUGUAAUUUUCGAAGCAGUUAUUACAAGUCUCCCUCCAGAGCUUGCUAAGGCGAAUCCCGGUGAGCAAGUUGGAAUUGGAUCCAUCUCAGGUGGUGGCAGGUACGAUGACCUCGUGGGAAUGUUUGAUGCAAAAGGAAGGAAGGUUCCUUGUGUUGGAAUAAGUAUUGGAAUCGAGAGGAUAUUUUCCAUAAUGGAAGCCAAAGCGGAGGCUGCCAAAAGUAAAGUUCGCACAACAGAAACGCAAAUUCUAGUUGCUUCUGGUCAGAAAAACAUGUUGAAAGAGAGACUAAAGCUGGCAAACGAAUUAUGGGAUCGAGGUGUUCAGACUGAAAUUAUUUACAAAAAUAACCCAAAAUUAUUGAGUCAGUUCCAAUACUGUGAGGAGAAUGGAAUACCAUUUUGUGCAGUGAUAGGUGAUAGUGAGCUGAAAAACGGAGUUGUGAAGUUAAGAAACAUGGAAACUAGGGAGGAGGUUGAGGUGAAACGAGAAGACCUUGAAAAGGAACUGAAAAGUAGAAUUUUCUGAUUUCUGUGAAAUUUUAGUAAGAAUGAAAUUAGUUUAUCUCAUAGAACCAUUGUAUGAAUUCUUUGAAAAGAAUCUUUUAGAGUUGUACGACUA